CGCGCGUUCCAAGCACGCACAAUAUUCAGACAGAACGAGAGAAAGAGGUGUAGAAGGAGAGCUGUGCUGAAGCUGAUAUCUGCAAAAGAAGAUGGAGGUUAAAGGAUCAAGCAAGUGGUGCUUCCAGGGCAAUGAAGAUCUGGUGGAAGCAUCUUCACGAUCCAUACGAAACACCAUCGUCCCUUUGAUGGAAAAUUUAAACAAAGAAGAUAAAAGGCCGGUCAUCCGUCUCGGCCACGGUGACCCUACCGCGUUCCCCUGCUUCCGAACCACCGUGGAAGCCGAAGACGCCGUCGUGGAUGCCAUCAGGUCUGCGAAUUACAAUGGAUAUUGUGUCAGCCUCCAAGGCAUUCUUCCGGCGAGAAGGGCUGUAGCAGAAUACCUCUCGAGAGAUCUGCCAUAUGAGCUAUCACCAGACCAUGUGAUUCUUACGUCUGGAUGCAGUCAAGCCAUUGAACACAUUAUAACAGUCCUAGCUCGCCCCAAUGCCAACAUUUUGCUUCCAAGACCUGGCUUCCCUGACUACGAUGCUCUUGCUUUGCUUUACCAUUUGGAGUUUCGCCUUUUUGAUCUUUUACCAGAAAAGGGCUGGGAGGUUGAUCUCGAAGCUGUUGAAGCACUUGCAGAUCACAAUACUGUGGCUAUGGUCAUCAUAAACCCUGGCAAUCCUUGUGGAAAUGUUUACACUCCCCAGCAUUUGAUGAAGGUGGCAAAGACUGCCAAAAAGCUUCGGAUUAUGGUGAUUGCUGAUGAAGUUUAUGCUCAUCUUCAUUUCGGGGAAAAUCCUUUUAUUCCAAUGGGAACUUUUGCAACAGUUGCUCCUGUCAUCACACUUGGAUCAAUAUCCAAGAGAUGGCUCGUUCCUGGUUGGAGACUCGGUUGGCUUGUUACAAAUGAUCCUAACGGCAUCCUGGCAAAAUCUGGGGUGUUCGAAAGUUUAAGACUGUGUAAAAUCUUGACAUCUGAUUCUGCCACUAUCCUCCAGGGAGCAAUUCCUCAUAUUAUUGAAAAGACAAAGGAAGAAUUCUUUUCUAAGAUUCUCAACAUUCUAAGAGUCACUGCUGAUACAUGUUAUGACAAAAUCAAAGAGAUACCUUGCUUGAUCUGCCCAUACAAGCCAGAGGGAUCAAUGUUUAUGCUUGUAAAACUAAAUCUAGCUCUUUUGGAAGGAAUCCAUGAUGAUAUGGACUUCUGUGUGAAGUUGAUCAGGGAGGAAUCUGUCGUCGUUUUACCAGGCGUGGCUGUGGGAAUAAGGAACUGGGUACGCAUAACUUUUGCUGCUGAACCUUUGGCACUUGAAGAAGGCCUUGAGAGGAUUAGAGUAUUCUGCCAAAGGCAUUCCAAGAAGUGAUUUGGAAGUCAUUCUAUGGCAGUAUCAACACAUGAAAGAACUUAAUUAAUGGAUAGCAUUUAUUGAAUGACAGAUUUUCGAUUGUGUUAGUCUGUAUUGCUUUGGCAUUCAAGAACUUUGAGUUUGAGUGGAAUAUUCUCAAAUAUAUGUUAGAUCGGUUUAGCAGCUGCAUUCUAGAAUGGUUAAAAAGAAGUGGUCACCAAAAUUUCUUUGAAUGAUUGAUGAUCAUUUCUAUCAGUUUGUUUUGCUUGUU